GUUCUCAGCCAAUGGGAAGAGCCACCGAGGGAUGGAGGCGUGGGCCCUCAUCAGCCCGCGACUCCCUCCCGCCCACGAAGGGGAGGAGGAGGAAUCUGGGGGAGGAGACGGGGCAAGAAGGCCACAACCCAAGCCUGAGCUUUCAGUGGCCACAUGACCCCGGAUAGAUCACUGCCCCUGGCCCAGUGUUUCUGCCACCACAACCUGGAUAAAGUUGUGGCCGCAGUCCUGGUCCUGGGCCCGGUCAUGUCUGCUGGGGCCACCGGGCCAGAGCGGGGAAGCUGUAUCACUGCUUUCCCCAGUGUGCGUGUGGAAAAGUUAAAGGAGUGACUGACCAUCAGCGUUAAAUGACCAUGGGUCAGAUCGCCAGUCUCGAUUUCCUGACAUCCACCAAGGCCGACGCCCCGGAUGCUGCCGAUGCUGCCGACUCUCCCGACUCUCCAGAAGCCGCCGACUCUCCUGGCUCUCCGGAUGCCGCCGACGCUCCCGAUACUGCCGACGCUGCCGUUGCUCCGGAUUCUCCCAACUCUGCCGACUAUCGGGAUGCUCCCGACUCUGCCGACGCUCCAGAUGCUCCGGAUUCUCCCGACUUUGCCGACGCUGCCGUUGCUCCGGAUUCUCCCAACUUUACCGACUCUCGGGAUGCUCCCGACUUUGCCGACGUUCCCGAUGCUCCGGAUUCUCCCGACUCUGCCGACUCUCGGGAUGUUCCCGACUUUGCCGACGCUCCAGAUGCUCCGGCUUCUCCCGACUUUGCCGACUCUCGCGAUGGUCCCGACUUUGCCGACGUUUCCGAUGCUCCGGAUUCUCCCGACUUUGCCGACGCUUGGGAUGCUCCCGAAUUUUCCGACGCUCCCGACUUUGCCAGCGGUCUGGAUGCCCCCAUCUUUGCCGACGCUUCCGACUUCGCCGAUGCUCCCGAAGGCCCGGAGGCUGCUGCAGCUGCGGAUGGCCCCGGUCAGUCCAAGGGCCCAGACCCUGCCAUCGGCAAACGCUGCACUGCUCUAACUGAACUGGACCAGGUGGUCUCCGCCGGCCCCCAAGAGUCGAAGAAGUGUCGAGGUCCUGCCUGUGUGCUCACCAUCCCGAAGACGGAGGAAUUGACAGAAAUCUUGGUUGAAGAACGCUUAAGAUCCUUAGAAAAGACAGUAGUAAAAUUGGGGUCCAAGACCCAUUUCACCUUUCCAGUGGGCAUCAUCUUCACCACCUUUCUCUACUGUGGGGAAGCCUCCAGUGCCAUUUAUAUGGCAAAUAUCUACCGGAAGAACAAGGAUAUAUUCUGGAUGACAUUCACCUUUCUCUUCUUCUUACUGUCAUCGAUCAUGGAUCAGUUUACCCUCGUUUUCAUCCACCGGGAUUUGGCCAAAGAUAAACCCCUCAUGGUGUUCACACACCUUCUACUCUUGGGACCGAUUUUCAGAUGCCUAGAGGCCAUAAUAAUGUACCUUAAUCUGGGGAAGAAGGUGGUGGAGGACCCCUACGUCGGCAUCAUCCGCAAGAAAUUAUUCUACGAUGGCAUAGAAGAGGUGGUAGAAUGGGAGGUUGGCCACUCCACCCGAAUUCUGUCCCAUCACCGCAACGCCUUCAAACGUAUGGCUGUGAUGCAGGCCUACUUGGGCUCGGUGCCCCAACUGACCUAUCAGUCCUACGUGACCCUCUUAUCCAACGAAUUGCCUUUUCCGAGAGCGGUACUGAUCGGCUUCUCCCUGGUUUCGGUCACCUUCGGGUCCACCAUCUCCACCAUCCUGACCCUCCAGAUCAAGUACGAUGAGUACAAGGUCCAACUGGGGUUUUUGCAAUCCAUCUGGAUAAUCAUCUGGCGGACCCUGGAGAUCAUCACCCGCCUGGCCAUCCUCGUGGUCUUCUCUAUCUCCAUGAAGCUCCUGGCGCUGCCCUUCAUCUUCUUAAUCUUCCUGGUCAUCCUCUUGGAACCCUGGGUGCGCUUCUGGAUGAGCGGCGCCAAGCUGCCCGUGAUCGAGCGGACCCUGACCUGCGUGGGCACCACGGUGGUGCUGGUCACCGUCACCGUCAUCCACACCGGCAUCAACUACUUCAGCUGGUCGGCCAUGCAGCUGCGGCUGGACCAGCCGGAGCUUAUGAAGACAACGCCGGGGUGGGGCUCCAUGAUGUUGCACUACAGCAUCCGGCUGGUGGAGGACUUCAUCCUGAUAGCCACAUGGCUGUUCCGGCCCGAGAAGGCGGUGGUCCUGCAGAAUAUCUGCCGCCCCUACCUCGCCGUGCAGCUCCUGGUAUGCCAACUGCUCUCCUUCACCCUCCUGCUCUUCUUCUUCCAGUACUUGCAUCCGUUCCACUUACUCUUCCCCGAGUCCAUCUCCGAUUACAUCCACAAAAUGUGCCGCCGGCCCCGCUGGGCUAGGGCGAGGAACCCGGCCCCUCGGGACAGCACGGUGUGACUCGCCUGCCCGGGGAAGCUCCUCUGGGGUGGCUGUCGGAGUUUUGACUGGAAGCGUUCUUAAGGAGUGGAAGAAAGGUGCCUCUUUCUUGUUCUAGCAGCUGUCUCAAGUGUUGCUUCGCUUUGCCGGUGGAUCUGUCUGGGUGGGAGGAGGGGGAUGGGACUUCGGGGGUGAGCACCACCCUUCCCGUGGGGGGUUUCAGGGCUGGGGGCCGCCAAGGACUCUGCAAGGCAGUCCCUAGGCAUCAGCCUGGGGGAUAGUGGCAAAAGGCCACGGGGGUCUUUGUGUCCCAGCAGCCGUUAGCUUUGCCGUCCAGCCCCGGAGGUGGGGGUGGUCUCCCAGGGCUUCUCAGAGCUGGAUGGGGCGGGUUCAGCUGAAAGGGGACCUGCCAAGGGGGUGGGUCCCCUCCCUGCUUAGCUGACACCCGGAGGGCCGAGGGCACCUGACCGAAAGCUGUCGGGGUGACUGGGGAGCCCCGCUUGAACCAGAGGUUCCCGGUCCCCCGGCGUGCUAGGGAAAAAUGGGGACAAGGCUGGGGUUCCUCUCCCCACUUGUGGGCCCCCGGUAGCCAGAUGGGGACUCUCUGUGUCUCGCGGGGUCCCAGCAAGGUCCGAGGGCUUUCUGAGCUCCGACUGGGCCCUAGCGCUAAGACCCAGGCGAGCUCUGAAACUCGGGUCGGGGUGCUCUCCAACUCCGCCAAGCACCGGGGGUAGAAAGGUGGAGACCUUUCGCCAGCCUCAGGGGCCAGAACGAAGGCUUCCAUGUCCUGAAAGUGUCGGCCCCUUGGAGCCCCACCUCCUCGGGAGCCCCCACACUCUCCGAGGUGAAGAGUACCUGUGGUCCACAGCGGCCUUAGAGAUCCCUUGCCUCCGUGGUUUUCCAGGUGUGGGAGCAAGGCCAUUGUUUUCUCCUCCAGGCCUUGUCGGUAGGAAUCCCAGCUUCCUUUAGCCUACAUCUCUAACAGGACUGGAGGGCUUCUUAGCCUGGCUGAAGAGACCCUUCCGAAUCAGGUCUUUCUGACUCACUGAGUUUUGGAAGUCUGCCUGCCAAAUCCCAAGCUUCAAACCCCAUCCCGUUUGCUCUCCUUUCAAAAGUUCUGCCCCACUUUCACUCCCUCAUAUAAUGAAAAGGGGACACUGGGCGUGACUUCCAAUCACAGAACUGAAUUUUAAUUAGGGCCGUGUUCGGGCUAGGUGGAAAUCUAAAAAUCAAUUAGAAUCGGCUAUAAAAUAAAGCUUUUCAUUUCACUGUGAAAA